UGGUGUUAUAUUCAAUAUUUAAAUAUGUAUCAUUUACAUAUUACUAUACUGUCUUUUCCAUUAAUUAAAUACUAUUCAUAUUGUGACUGAAAAAUAGGAAUUAAAUGAAUGCAAAACUUGUAUGUACUAUAAAAGAUUAAGAAAGUUAAGCAGCUUCUUACUCAAAACCCUGACAACAUGACGCAGGAUCUCAUUGCAUAUUCUCAUUGAUAUUAUCCUGCUCAACUGUGACUUGAUAAGGCUGCGGAAAUAGAUAGAAGCGAUGGUAUCACGUGUCUCAGUGUAUGCUGCUGUUACUCAUAAUGUGUUAACUAUAAACACAAUAUGCUUGGUAAAAUCCAAUGACUCUUCAUCUUCGAUCACAACAAGACAAGCGCUAGGAAAGCUGGACUCUAACCUGGAGUUUAACUACAGACAUAUGGAAGCUGGUUUACAAUUAUUCUGCUGGGUUUAUGGGAAGAAUUUACGGUAUUUCCUGUCAUAUGAUAUUAUAGACUGUGGACAGCAGAGGUGGUGAAAGGAAACAGUAGAGGAUGUGCUCUGUAGCUUUUACUCUGUUUACGCUCUUCAGUCUCUGGGCCUCAUGUUUAUGCCACACACUCGCAACUGUGGGGCCCUGUGUGGGCGACACAGAGAAGGCUACACUUGAUUGCAGCAGACGUAACCUCAUGUCUGUACCCCAGCAAAUAUGGCCAAAUGUGACUGAGCUGGACCUAUCGGAGAACCACCUAAGUUUAUUACGCACUAAAGCCCUGAAGAAGUUGAGGCACUUUGACCAUUUGAGCAAGCUCAAUUUAUCAGGGAAUUACCUCCCCCUGCUGGUAAAGCAGCACUUCUACCACUUCCCUUCUCUGGAAAUACUGGACCUCAGUGGAUGCAAGUUGGUGGCAAUUGAGCCUGGGGCUCUGCUCAGCUUCCCCAGACUGCAAAAGCUGUUUCUAGGUAACAAUGAACUCCAAACCCCAAUGUCUGCUGUACUUCAAGAUCAUGGAUGGGUUGAGGUUGUAGAUCACGCCAGUAAUCUUCAAGCAAGUGACAGAACCAAAGAGGUGGUGCAAGUUGGUGCCAGUGAUUGUAGGAAGGAGAGACAUUCUGGUGAUGCCUUCAACAUGGCCACCCACAGUCUAUUCCUACGUAAACUACUGGUAGAAACCUUGGAGACCACCACAACCAAAAAUAUAACAGAUACCAAUGAAAAAAGGUCUUCAGACAGCUGGAAGUACCUUGUGGCAGCUCUGGUGACAGCCAUCAGUCUCUCUGUGCUCAUUGCCAUAGGGGCAAAGUGUAAACUCCUCCAUCGGUAUAUAGCCAGCUACAGGCACUCGAGGCUCAGUGAGGGGGACGGAGUCAGUCAAUGUGACCCUGCAGGUUUUGAGGUGGGAUUCUCCAACCAAGGUAACAUCCCAAAUUCAGACACAUCAAAUGGGAACAUGGAGGAUGAUGAUGGAUUCAUUGAAGACAACUACAUUCAAGCAAGUGAGAGGGAAAGAGCAGCACGAGAGGCCGAACACUGGCAGGAGGAGGAUGAGGAUGAGGAUAUGGAAGAGUUCAGCAUUGGAUAAACAAAACCAUGAGCUGAGUGUGACGUGUGUGUGGGACUGUUGUUUUUAAUCCCAUUCCUGCCUACUCCUGAAGAAAUCUGACUAAUUCUACCUGUUCCCACAGUUAAUAUUGUUUGCACUUGCAUUUGAAAUUUUCUGAUGAACUUAGUUGCCAAAAUAUAAACUAUUUGACAACUAUUUUGAAUAUAGUUGUUGGUCAGUAACUUAUACCAUUAUGACCCUGACCAGGAUAAACCAGUUACUGAUGAUGAAUGAAUGAAAGCAUAAAAUGUCACACAGGGCCACAUAAGCACCACUCAAACACUGUAUAUGAUCUCAUGGUAAUGUUAAUGAGCCUUUCGAUGUCCCACAACCUUCAUAUCUGACUUCCCGCUCCCGCCCACAAGAAAGUAGAAAUGAUUGCUGGAUGCUGCAGGAGCCCAGUCCCUAGAGGUUUUCUACCAUGAGAUGGAUUAUGAUAACUAGCAGCAGGACUUGAUUAGCCUACAAAUGACCUUUAUUUUUUUUAAACAUCUAGUUUAAUGAUUUUCAUACUUUAACAUUAAUAUUUUGCGUAAUGAUUGAAUGGCCUACAUGCCAUCUCUUCAUGUUUUGCUAAGUUUUUCAGUCUAAAUUAAUAAAAGCAAUAUCGCCAUACAGUA